GUCAAUUGGAAGGUUGAUACAUCAAUUGAAUUUUCAAUCCAUUCUUCUAUCGACUUAAAGAACAAAUACAUUCAGGAUGUCUAGUAUGGGAACACCUGCUGUUGUCAUGGACAAUGGUACUGGGUUAACUAAAUUGGGUUUUGCAGGAAAUGAUUCACCAUCGUUUGUCUUUCCAACUGCUAUUGCUACAUCUUCAUCAUCUAAUAAAACUUCUAAAUCCGCAUCAGCGAAAAGUACUAACUUGAGUGCCAAGCGGGGAUUGGAAGAUUUAGAUUUUUUCAUUGGAGAUGAAGCUUUGAAUGCAGCCAAUGGACCAAAUUAUAAUUUAUCAUAUCCCAUUAGACAUGGUCAAAUUGAGAAUUGGGAUCACAUGGAAAGAUUUUGGGAAAAUUCAAUUUUUAAAUAUUUAAGAUGUGAACCAGAAGAUCAUUACUUUUUAUUGACUGAACCUCCUUUAAAUCCUCCAGAAAAUAGAGAAAGUACUGCUGAAAUUAUGUUUGAAUCUUUCAAUUGUGCAGGUUUAUAUAUUGCUGUCCAAGCUGUUUUGGCUUUGGCUGCUUCCUGGACUUCAUCUAAAGUUCAAGAUCGAUCUUUAACUGGUACUGUUAUUGAUUCUGGUGAUGGUGUCACCCAUGUUAUCCCAGUGGCAGAAGGUUAUGUUAUCGGUACCGCCAUUAAAAAUAUACCUUUGGCUGGUAGAGAUAUAACUUUAUUCAUUCAGUCUUUAUUAAGAGAUAGAGGUGAAGCAAAUACCUCUUUACAAACUGCAGAAAAAAUUAAACAAGAUUUUUGUUAUGUUUGUCCUGAUAUCGUUAAAGAAUUUAAAAAAUUUGAUCAAUAUCCCCAAGAGAAAUUUGCCCAAUAUAUCGUUGAAUACACCGAUAGAAAUAAAAGAGAUACCGUUGAUGUUGGUUAUGAAAGAUUUUUAGCUCCAGAAAUAUUCUUUAAUCCAGAAAUAUGCUCUUCUGAUUAUUUGACUCCUUUACCUACUGUUGUUGAUCAAGUUAUUCAAUCUUCCCCCAUUGAUGUCCGUAAAAAAUUGUAUAAAAACAUUGUCUUAUCAGGGGGUUCUACCAUGUUUAAAGAUUUCGGUAGAAGAUUACAAAGAGAUUUAAAAGGUUUAGUCAAUGAAAGAAUUGAAUUAAGUGAAAAAUUAAGUGGUGUUAAAAGUACCGGUGUUGACGUUCAAGUCAUCUCCCAUAAAAGACAACGUAAUGCUGUCUGGUUUGGUGGUUCUCUUUUGGCUCAAACUGCAGAAUUCAAAAGUUAUUGUUACACCAAACAAGAUUACGACGAAUAUGGUCCAAGCAUUGUUAGAAACUUCUCCUUAUUCUCCGUACCUUAAUCCUAUUAGACACUUCAGCUUUCCUUCUUCUCUCUACCAUAUAAAAAGUCUUUAUCUUUUCUUUAGUUUAUUUCAUUUAUCCUCUUUAUUAUAUACGUUCUUUAUUUACCCG